UUACGUUCAGGCCGUUUUCCGGCUAGGUUCCUAAUAAUUAUUGAGUUGAUGUAAAAUUUACAAAAACAAGUCACCGUAUCCAAUUAAAGUACAAGAUUUCCAAAGAUUCCAAAGAUAGAACAGUGCGAAUACCCAAAAUGCAUGGACAAAUACCAAAACAAGGGUGAAUUAACCACGGACGUGACGCGUGAAAAAGAAAACAGCAAAUCAAAGCAAUUUUGUUUGGUCAGUUUGAUAGGUCUUUCUGUCGGGUGGAUUAAAAAUGAAGUGCCUGGUUCCGUCUUGUGACACGCCUACGGACUUCAACAAAUUGCCUAAAGGAUUAACUAGGCACCAUUUCCCUGCCGACAAUAUACGGCAGGUCAAAUGGCUGCAAGCUAUAGCAAAGGCCGAAAAUUGCCAUCCGAAAGACCUAAAAAUUAUCAAUAAUGACCGCAUUUGUUCGAGGCAUUUUCGACCAGAUUCUUUUUACAAGCUGAACAAUCGAGUUAUGUUGCACAAAUACGCAACGCCAUUUGCUGACGACAAAAAUGCUGAAUUAAGGUCGGAAGACAAUCAAAACCUAAUGGAAGCAGCAGAUUUGCUCCCACGAGAACCAAAACCCCCCAAAAAGCACCUCUUUCAAUGUGAAAUCUGUGACAAAAUUCUCUCAACCAAGCAGUCCCUCAACAACCACAAAACAAAACAUCUCGACCCAGAACAACGGGAAACCUUCCGGUGCGAGAUAUGCGAGGCCACUUUCAAGUCCAAGUACGGUUUGAAAUACCAUCUGGAAACGAAGCACAUCGCGGAGAAUGAGCGCAAGAAGCUGCCCUGUCCGACGUGCGGGCGGAUUUUCAAAAGUGACGAGGGCCGGAAGAUCCACAUGACCAUUCAGCAUGGGGCCGGAGGACCGAUCUUCAAAUGCAAAGAAUGUCCGAUGGUAUUCGCGCGGAAGCCCCACCUAGAUCUGCACAUGGCAACUCAUGGCGCGGGGCUGCACGUUUGCUCGAUCUGCGGGAAGUCGUACGCCAGGCUGAAGGACCUGUCCCGGCACGAGGCCACCUGUGGCGUCAAGGAACUGUGCUGUCUGGAGUGUGGGAAGCAGCUUCGGAGCGAGCAAGCGCUUGAAAAUCACCGGAAAAAAUGCCGUUCGAGAGGUUUGAGAUGUGAAGUCGGUGACCGUGAGAAGCGGGAACGUUCGAAGAAGAGCGAUUUGGGCGGCGAGGAGGGCAAAGUUCGCAUGAGGCGCAGCAAACAUGACCGGUUUCUUGGACUGGACCAUUUGGUGGAUCCAUCUUCGCUGAUUGAAGAAGCUGAACCGGUGGAGCUUGAACCCAAUGCGGUACAUUUCACUCCGAAGAGUUUUCUCUGCGAACAUUGUCCGCUGAAGUUUGCUUCAAAGCAAGCACUGCAGAAUCACGCACAGAGACGGCACUGGGAAGUUAUGGGUAUUGCGGAACCAACUUUUGUGAGAAGGUUCCAAUGCGUGCAAUGUCAGUUUAAGUUUUAUACAAAGCAAGCACUGCAGAAACACGAGCAGCGACGGCACUGGGAUGUUCUGGGUCUUACAAAACCACUUAUGAAACGAGGAUGCAAGAAAAAGCGGGUUCCGAAGAAGCUAGGCAGACCGCAGAAGAUGGGCAACCAUGUCGAACUUGACGAAUUGCCAGCAGAAAUUGAGUGCGACACCAAAAAAGAGGAAGUUAAUCCGAUCGAAUCAGAAGACGUCGCACACGGAGAUCCGAUGUUCGACGAACCUAUUGAGAACGUGGAAAUUUCUGAAGACGUUGAGCGAAACGAAGAAAAUGGCGAGCAGACGAAAACUUGUGAAAAAGCAACACCAGAUACAAUUUUAACAGACGAAGUUGACAUCAAGGAUGAGAUUGAGUUUGGGGAGUACGAAUUCAACUAUUCAACAGAAAACGAUAAUAACGUUGAUGAGGGAACGUUUGAGCUCAUUACGACUGAUCUUGUAAUCCCACAAGGGCCAAUCAAAGAAGAAGUUGAUGCUCUUGGAGUUGAACCAGACCUGGAGAGCAACGUGUCGGAGGAACCACACAUUUUCAACGAACUCGUCAUCAGAUUGGAGAAACUGGAUUAUUCUGCCCUCGCGGAGUCCAGUAGCGGCAAGAAACAUUUUAAUCGGAAGGAAUGCGAACAUUGUGGAAAAGCGUUUGCACGUCAGUACGAUCUAGCGAAGCACCGGGUCAGGGAACACGGAAGUACGGAAACGCCAACGAGAAUCAAACCACCACCAAAGAUGGCACUCCCACCAAGCUACCGCUGCGAGGAGUGCGAUAAAUCGUACCAGUUUGAGCAUUACCUUAAGGCGCACAACGAAAAAGUGCACGGCAUCACGGAAGAACCUGGUGAAGGUGCUAAUAUUCGAACCUGUAAGCACUGCGGACAGAAGUUGAAAUCCUGGCCAAGUCUGGUCAAACAUUUGAAGUUUUUCCACGCAGAAAGUAUCGACGAAUCGCAGUUCGUUAAAUGUCCGUCGUGUCCUGCAAAGUUUCUUAAUCAGGAAGACUUGAACGGGCACGUCUGCACCAAGAGUGGCGUUUGCGAAAGGGAACCAAGGGAGCGUUCCUUCAAGUGUGAUCUGUGCCGUAAAACGUACUCUUUCCUCCUUCAUUUGGAAGCGCACUAUUCCGUGCAUCCAGAAUAUCAGAACUUAAGAUGUGACCAAUGUUCGAACGGAUUCUACAACGAGAGGGAGCUGAACAAACACAAGAAGAACGCGCACGAACCGGUGGUGAAACCUGCGGUGACGAAGAUUCGCCCCUUCAAAUCCAAGUACAAAAAUCCGUUUCCCAGGACGGAAUGCGAACAAUGUGGACAAACGUUUGCCUACCGAUACCGAUUAGCACUGCACCGGGUCAAGGAACACGGAAGUACGGAAAUACCAGUGGCAAACAGACCAGCAGCAAGUACGACGCUUCCACGAAACUUCCCUUGUGACCAGUGCGAUAAAUCAUACCAUCUUCAGACUAAUCUCAUGAUUCACAAGGCUAAGGUUCAUGGCGUGGGAGAAGCCCCACCAAAAGAAGUUACAAUAUUAAAGCACACCUGCAAGCACUGUAAGAAACAAUUCACAGCCUGGGGCGCUCUGAUCUACCAUCGAAAGUACAUCCACGGAGAAAGCAUCGAAAAGACGCAAUUUGUGCAAUGUCCGUCGUGUCGUUUGAAAUUCGCAACCGACGAGGAAAUGGCGGAGCAUCUGUGCCUUAAGGGAGUCAUUCGCCGAAGGGAACGUCCCUUCAAGUGCAACCUGUGCGAUAAAUCUUAUUUCGCGAAACCUCAUCUGGAGGGCCACUAUUCCGUCCACCCGGAAUACCACAACUUCAAGUGUGAUCAAUGCUCGAAGGGUUUCUUUGCCGAAUCAGAGCUCAUGAGCCACAAGAAGAAAGCACACAUUGCAAAAGAGUUGUACUACGCGUGCGAGACCUGCAAUCAGCUGUUCAAAAGCCAACAAAUCUUGAACCGACACCGGGAGCUUCACAUGGGCCGCGAGUACUGCUGCGAGCAUUGUGGCAAAAAGUUCAAAAUGCGAACAAACCUCAAAUCGCACGUGUACCACGUGCACGCCGAGUACGCGAGCGAGGCCGCCCGAGCCGCUCAAGCGAUCCCUUGCACAGUCUGCGGUAAAACGUUCAGAGGAACGAGCGCUUACAGGCAGCACAUGCGAACUCACAGCAACGAUCGACGGUACAAAUGUUCCUUUCCGUCCUGUGGCAAAACCUUCACCGCGAGCGGCAGUUUGAAAGUUCACGUGCAAAGUCACACGAAGGAUUACAAGUACAAGUGCAAGUUCUGCGAGUACGGGACCGUUUUCCGGAAAAGAAUUGUUUUGCACGAGCAGCGGAAGCACAACCAUAACCGGUUCGCGGGAGUGAACGAUUCUGAUCGUAUCGAACCAAGUGGAUGUCGAAAGUCGAAAGGUACACGAACUGUUAGGCGAAAAACCGCAGAGCCCUUAAACAUGGAAGUGAAUGAAUCCCUUGAAAUGGUCGAAUCAAAGCAUGAUUUCAACCAAGAUCCGGAAGACGACGAAAUUCUUCCACCGGAAGUAAGCCCCCCGAGGCAUCCCUUUCAAUGUGAUAUCUGCGACCGAAUCCUCACGACCAAACAAUCGCUUCAUGUCCACAAGCGCACUCACGCAGAUCCGGUCGUACGGCCAAUGUUCGGUUGCGAAAUCUGCGGGGCCACGUUCAAAUCCCGUACCGGCCUGAGUUACCACCUGGAAACGAAGCACAUCCCCGAGAAUGAGCGCAAGAAGCUGCCCUGUCCGACGUGCGGCCGGAUUUUCAAAAGCGACGAGGGCCGGAAGAUCCACAUGAUCAUCCAGCACGGCGUCGGCGGGCCGAUCUUCCGGUGCAAGGAAUGUCCGAUGGUAUUCGCGCGGAAGCCCCACCUAGAUCUGCACAUGGCAACCCACGGCGCGGGCCAGCACGUUUGCACGAUCUGCGGGAAGUCGUUCGCCAGGCUGAAGGACCUGUCCCGGCACGAGGCCACCUGUGGCGGCGUCAAGGAACUGUGCUGUCCGCAGUGUGGCAAGCAGCUUCGGAGCGAGCAAGCGCUUGAAAAUCACCGGAAAAAGUGCCGAUCGAGCGGUUUGAUGGGUGAAGGCGGUGAGAAGCGGGAACGUCCGAAAAAGAGCGGCGAGGAGGGCAAGGUUCGCAUGAGACGCAGCAAACAUGACCGAUUUCUUGGACUGGACCAUUUGGCGGAUCCAUCUUCGCUGGUCGAAGCAGCUGUUGAUCCGACCAAGGUAGAGCCGAAACCAGUAGACCCCUACCCGAAGCGAUUUCCGUGCGAGCAUUGUCCGUUGGACUUUGCUUCGAAGCAAGCAAUGCAGUAUCAUGCACAGCAACAGCACUGGCAAGUUAUGGGGCUUGUGGAUCCAGCGGAGAGAAGGAUCCAAUGCGUGCAUUGUCCUUACAAGUGUUAUAGAAAGCAAGAGUUGCAGAAACACGAGCGGCGAAAGCACUGGGAUGUGCUGGGUCUUGCGAAACCAACUAUUCUGAAGCGUGGACGGAAGAAGACGCGAAAGGAGGUCGACUAUGUUGAACUUGAGGGAUUGCCAGCAGAAGUGGAGUGUGACGUCAAGAACGAGGAGGUUGAUCCGGUGAAGUUGGAAGAUACUUUCGCUGAGGCAAAAAAUGAGUCCUGCGAACCAACAGCUGAUGGCUUUGCAGCGAACGAAGUUUUCAUCAAGGAUGAGAUGGUCGAUUUUGCAAAUGACUUCGAUCUGGAUUACUUCGAGAAUGACUCGACGGAAGGCGACGAGCUCGUUGAGAGCAUUGCGGCGAAUGUUGACAACCUGCAAGAGCCAACCAAGGAAGAGGUUGACACUCUUGACGUUGAACCGGCGCUGGAGGAGGAACCACGCGUUUUCAAAGAACUCGUCAUCAAGUUGGAAAAGCUAGAUUAUUUCGCGCUGGUAAAAUCAAGCAGCAACGAGAAACGGGUCAAGAGGAGCAAAACAACGCCCGCUUCAAGCUACCGCUGCGAGAAGUGUGAUCGAUCGUACAACCAUAAGGGUAACUUCAAGGCGCACAACGAAAAAGUUCACGGCAUUACGGAAGAAGCUGACGAAGGUGCUUUAACACGCUCCUGUAAGCACUGUGAUAAACGGUUCAGAAACUGGACUCAGCAGCUCAGACACACGAAGCAACUCCACGGUGAAACCAUCGACGAGUCGCAGUUUGUGCAGUGUCCGGCGUGUUUUGCAAAGUUUUUCAAUCAGGAAGACAUGAAGGAGCACGACUGCCCCAGGAGUUCCGAGCGCAUGGCGUUACGUCCGUUCAAGUGUGACCGGUGCGAUAAGACGUACGCUCUCCUAACGCAACUGGAAGGCCACUAUCCCGUUCAUCCGGAGUACCAGAACUUUAAGUGCGACAUGUGUCCAAAGGCAUUCUUCAAGGAAAGCACGCUGAAAUCACACAAGAGCUACAAGCACGGACCGCGGACGCACAUAAUUCGAAAGUUUAGAUCCAAAGCCAAGUUGAAUAAACCGUUUCCCAGGAAGGAAUGCGAACAUUGUGGACAAACGUUUGCACACCAAUACCAUCUAGCGCAGCACCGAGUCAAGGAACACGGAAGUACGGAAAUACCGGUGGCAAACAGACCAGUU